UACUGUACACCUCGUUCGUUAGCAUUGCCUUCUAAGUGUACCAUGGACAAAUAUAUUGUGGUUUUGGCUGUGCUCACUAUUAUAACUAUCUUAAACAAUGGUGUAGACGGUAAAAGUGUUCUUAAACGAGAAGAUGACUCAGUGGCUGAUCCUGAUUUAACUAUACUACCUUUACAAGACAUAAUUAAUUCCAUGAAUGCUACUACGUCAUCCAAAAGACAGUUGGCCAUCUCUCCAGAUACAACGAUUGGAUACGUGCUGUUUGCAACUUGCACUCACAUAGCGUUUUGGACAAUAGAUUUCACAGAUAUAUUUGAAGGUGGUCAGAUGUUUAUCAAAGUUUAUACCGACCCCAACCUGAUCCCAAAUGAUUGGACAGCUAUUUCACAGAACAUGUUUUUCCGUUUUAUGGGCCACCCGACAUUUACUAUCACAAUUGGGCCAUACGAUCCAUGUACUACGGUCACGAUUAUAACUGAACUGGUAAAGAUCGGAGAAAAGAAAAAGUUAGGUUCAUUCAGUGUGGAGACAGAUUGUCCAUGCAAAUCAGGAAAUGGACAUGGUGACCCACACUAUACAACCUUUCAACAGAAAUCAAUUACUUUCGAUGGUCCAUGUAGUUAUAUUUUAACAGACACCUGCCAAGAAGCUGAGCAUUCAUUGAAGUUAGUUGUGAAGCAUGAAUCCGUCAGUGCCAGUGUUCGUCGCAUAGAGAGUGCCAAUGUUUACGCUGAUGGUCAUGUUGUUAACCUAAUGAGCAAUGGAGACAUAUCGGUUGACGGGCAACUAUGCACGGGAACGACGUGCAUGAUUGACGAUUUAACUGUGGGCUCGUCAACGUUCAGUCAACGAACCAAAAUUAUAUUCUCAUUGACCGGGAAAUGGUGGAUAGAAUGGUCCAGCAAUCCGAAAACUCAUCGCAAUUCGUUGGAUGUGGACAUCAACUCAGAUUCGAUACUUAUUGGUAAAAUGUGUGGACUGUUGGGACCCAAAUAUCCUCCGAGCGAAUCGCAUGCCUUUAAAGGUUACGAAUUGCCCGAUGGCAGGGUUACCAUGGACAGUGACGUACUGGGAAACAGCUGGGUACAAGAAGGGAGUUGUGAAGGAUAACGUGAUGGAUAGAAAUGAUGGACCAACUGAUUUAUUUGUCAAUGAUUAGUCGAUAAAUAUGAAGAUAAAUAUGUUGUCACAAUAUUUCAAUCUGUCUGAUAAUCUAUGAAUCCCUGAUUACGUUAACGAAUUAGAAUCUAGUGAACGGUUACGUAAUAAUGUACUGAAGCUUACCUUUUGAGUGUAUACUACUAUAUAGCAAUAUUACUGACAAAUCACUUAUGUAGAAAUAAAUAUCAAUGCAUACU